AUGAGUUGUGUCAGGGCUCGGAUCGAGGACCUCGUGCAGGCGAGCUGCGAAGGAGACAAGGUCGGCGAGAGCAUCGCGCAGUGGCAUGGCGCGGCGCUUGAAUGGGAGCGGCGGGGACGGCGCGGCUGCGCGCCCUGCUCCCUCCGUCAGUCCGCACACCGGCGGCUCCGCUGCCCCACGGUCGGCCGCACUCCGCUGAAAAACAAUGCUCAAAAACACGCCGUAACUUAA